GCCUCGACACUCUAACAUAAGAGGAUGUCCAACCCUGAGAAAUGACGCCCCCAUUCCCCCCCUGAACAGUGGGAAAACACACUACAGCAGUCCGGAGCAGAGCAGCUGCGCCAGAGUGCGGCGCAGCCGGGGAGGAGAUACGCGAACGCCGCCGCUCUCAGUGCCGUUCUCCGGCUCCUCUCGAGACGAGCCGUCUUCGCCUCCUGGCUUCAUUUGUCAACAUUGUACUUGGAGGAGAGGACGGGGCGCGUCUACAUAUUGGACGUAGAUACUACAGUGCGCGUAAAACACGGCAUUCUAUAGGGUCUUAUAGACUUGACGCGCUUUGAUGUCAUCCGGCGGUUCAGGGUCGGAUCGUUUCAUUUAUAACAGUGGGUCGACAUUAAACUAGACGCAUAUCAUAUCAAGAGUUAUUACUCGCUUGCGGUCAGACAUGGAAGAUGGUCCGCCUUCCACAAGCUGUUUCCGAAGGUUUACGGACUGUUUCCUUGGCUCAAGUCUGACGGAUGAGAAAGUGAAGGCUUAUCUCUCCCUUCACCCACAGAUGCUGGAUGAGUUUGUGCUGGAGAGUGUGAGUGCGGAGACCGUAGACAGAUGGCUGAAACGGAAAAGCAGCAGCCAGCCUGCAGAUGAAUCUUCAGCUAAAGAUGUCAGCAGGUACCAGGACACGAAUAUGCAGAGCGUCGUAUAUGAGCUCAACAGCUACAUGGAGCAGCGGCUGGACACUGGAGGAGACAACAAACUAUUGCUCUAUGAGCUGUGCAACAUCAUCAAAACAGCAACAAAAGCUGAUGGAUUUGCACUUUACUUCCUUGGAGAAUGCAACAAUAGUUUAUGUUUGUUUACUCCGACGGGGGCAAAAGAGGGGCUUCCUGGGCUCAUCCCCUCUGGUCCCAUCACAUUUGGGACCACCAUUGGCGCUCACGUUGCAAAGACACGCAAGACACUACUUGUAGAGGACAUCAUGGGGGACGAGAGGUUCCCUCAUGGCACAGGGCAGGACUCAGGGAUCCGUGUACAUUCUGUUUUGUGUCUACCCAUCCUCACCGCCAUCGGAGACCUCAUCGCUAUCCUGGAGCUGCACCGGCACUUGGGCAGAGAGCCCUUCAACCUCAGCCACCUUGAGGUUGCAACAGCGAAUUUGGCCUGGGCAUCUGUAGCCAUACACCAAGUCCAGGUCUGCAGAGGUCUUGCCAAACAGACGGAACUCAAUGACUUUCUCCUAGAUGUGUCAAAAACAUACUUUGACAACAUAGUGGCAAUAGAUUCUCUACUUGAACAUAUCAUGAUAUAUGCAAAAAACCUGGUUAAUGCAGACAGAUGUGCGCUCUUCCAGGUAGAUCACAAUAAUAAAGAGCUGUACUCUGACCUGUUUGACAUCGGGGAGGAGAAUGAAGGGAAACCUGUCUUUAGGAAAACCAAAGAAAUUAGGUUUUCUAUAGAGAAAGGAAUAGCAGGCCAGGUGGCGAGAACAGGAGAAGUUUUGAAUAUUCCGGAUGCCUAUGCAGACCCCCGUUUCAACAGUCCCCGUAAACCACCAGUACCACACUGUGCAAAUAUGUAUCACCGGAUAAGACAUUCAGAGUGCAUUUACCGGGUGACGAUGGAGAAGCUUUCGUACCACAGCAUCUGCACAUCAGAGGAGUGGAAGACCCUCACACAUCUCUCCCUCCCUUCAGCCAUAUAUAAAGAGAUCGAACUGUUUCACUUCGACGUUGCUCCUUUUGAGGAACUUUGGCCUGCAAUAUUUGUAUACAUGGUUCACAAUUCAUGUGGAAAAAACAGCUUUGAGCAGGAGAAACUGUGUCGCUUCACUAUGUCAGUGCGGAAAAAUUACAGACGAGUUCCAUACCACAACUGGAAACAUGCUGUGACGGUGGCACACUGCAUGUACGCCAUCCUGCUAAAAACCACUGGGAUCUUCACUGAGCUUGAGAGGAAAGGCUUGCUGAUUGCCUGCUUAUGUCAUGACCUGGACCACCGCGGCUACAGUAACAGUUAUCUGCAGAAGUUUGACCAUCCGCUGGCUGCUCUGUAUUCCACAUCCACCAUGGAACAGCAUCACUUUUCACAGACGGUGUCCAUCCUGCAGCUGGAAGGGCACAAUAUUUUCUCCAACCUGACUUCCAGUGAGUAUGAGCAGGUGCUGGAGAUCAUCAGGAAGGCCAUCAUCGCUACAGACCUCGCUUUGUACUUCGGCAACCGCAAGCAGCUGACUGAACUGCUGGCCACAGGGGUGCUGGACCUGAACAACCGUGCUCACAGGGACCGUGUGAUCGGUCUGAUGAUGACGGCCUGUGAUCUCUGCUCUGUGACCAAACUGUGGUCCGUCACACAACUCACAGCCAAUGACAUCUAUGCUGAGUUCUGGGCUGAGGGGGAUGAAAUUAAGAAGAUUGGAAUGCAGCCCAUCCCUAUGAUGGACAGGGAUAAAAAGGAUGAGGUUCCCCAGGGACAGGUCGGGUUUUACAAUGCUGUGGCUAUUCCCUGCUACACCACCCUGUCAGAGCUGUUUCCUCCCUCCAGUCCUCUGCUUACAGCCUGCAGGGAAAACCUGGCCCAAUGGGAACAAAUCGUGCAAGGAGAGGACACCUCUACGUGGGCUUCUACUAACGAGGCCGAACUGAGCGAGACAUCAGACAGUGGACCAGUAAAAGUGGACAAUUGAAUCCGUGGCACCUGUCCCACAGCACCACCUACACCCUGCCAGAGACACUGGACUUCCUGUGGACAGUCCCACAUCCUGCAGAGACAGGAGGAAGUGCAGAGGCCAGGCGGGGAAGGAUACAUUCAGAAAAAAUAAACAAAACAUAAUGUUACCUCAGUGGGUGACGGAGGCAUACACUCUAAUGACAUCAGGGCUCCCUUGUUGAUGGCUGGGACUCAAGUCCACUCUGUGUGGGAUCACUUCAGAAGAAUGGCAGUACUUGUCCUUAGGAGGUUGCUUCUGCAUAUUUUCGUUUAGAUGCACCUGCAGUCCCUGCAGACAGUUAUGGAGCUCUGACUGACUGAUGACCUUCUGUAAAUACUGCAGGACUGAUGAGUGAAUGUAACCAAUACUGUCACAAACUGCUUCAAGAUGCCUGUUAGUUUUUAAGUGUACCAAAGGUGUACACCAUUGUAUAUGGGAAUGUUAAACAUGGCUUCCAAUUGUUGUGUCGGCAUGCGACAUGUGCACUGUGUGUAGAGAGAUUGAGUUUGGAGAUGUAAGCUACAUUCUAAUGGUGCUAUCUUAGGCAGUCAUGCACUUUCUGUUCCCGUGCACAUGCAAGUGUGUGUGUGUGU